CUCGCUAUUAUAUAUUAUCCACUUACCUUUAUAUAUUCAAAGUGAAGAUCGGAUCCGAUUCUCAUCUCAAGAAGUCUCCUUCAUCGGCUUCGCGUAUCUCAGAUCUCUCUCACUGCAUCUCUCUCUCUCGCUCUCGGAUCCAACCUUACAGGUGAGAAAUGGCUCAGAUUUUGCUGCACGGGACUUUACAUGCGACGAUCUAUGAGGUUGAUAAGCUCCAUGGGGAAGGAGGUCACUUCUUCCGCAAGCUAAUGGAAAAUAUUGAGGAGACUGUUGGUAUAGGCAAAGGAGUUUCCAAACUUUAUGCCAGUAUUGAUUUGGAAAGGGCUAGAGUUGGGAGGACCAGAAUACUGGAAAAUCAAGGCUCUAAUCCCAGAUGGUACGAGUCUUUUCACAUUUACUGUGCUCAUAUGGCUUCAAAUGUUGUAUUCACCAUCAAAGAUGAUAAUCCUAUUGGAGCGACUCUGAUUGGGAGGGCAUAUAUACCUGUUAAUGAACUCUUAGAUGGUGAAGAAGUGGAUAGAUGGCUUGAGAUAUUGAAUGAAGACAAAGAUCCUAUUCGUGGAAACUCCAAGAUCCAUGUGAAGCUACAAUAUUUUGAUGUUACAAAAGAUCGUAAUUGGGCUCGGGGUAUUAGAAGUCCUAAGUUUCCUGGGGUGCCAUAUACAUUUUUCUCGCAGAGACAAGGGUGUAAGGUUUCUCUAUACCAAGAUGCUCAUGUUCCUGAUAAUUUCAUUCCUAAAAUCCCUCUUGCUGGAGGAAAGUACUAUGAGCCUCAUAGAUGUUGGGAAGAUAUUUUUGAUGCAAUAAGUAAUGCAAAGCACAUGAUCUACAUUACUGGUUGGUCUGUUUAUACGGAAAUCACUUUGGUGAGAGAUUCGAGGCGGCCAAAACCAGGAGGAGACAUCACCAUUGGGGAGCUGCUGAAGAAGAAAGCAGGUGAAGGUGUCAGGGUACUAAUGCUUGUUUGGGAUGAUAGAACCUCUGUUGGUUUACUUAAAAAGGAUGGUCUGAUGGCCACCCAUGAUGAAGAAACUGAAAAUUAUUUCCGUGAUACAGAUGUGCACUGUGUCUUAUGCCCCCGUAAUCCUGAUGAUGGUGGAAGCAUAAUUCAGGAUUUACAGAUCUCGACCAUGUUCACUCAUCACCAGAAGAUUGUGGUGGUGGACAGUGAGAUGCCUGCUAGAGGAUCACAACAAAGGAGAAUUGUGAGUUUUGUUGGGGGUAUUGAUCUUUGUGAUGGGAGAUAUGACACUGCCUUUCAUUCCCUCUUCAGGACGUUGGACACAGCGCACCAUGAUGAUUUUCACCAGCCAAACUUCACUGGUGCUUCAAUUACUAAAGGUGGUCCAAGGGAACCUUGGCAUGACAUUCACUCCCGACUUGAAGGGCCCAUUGCUUGGGAUGUAUUGUUUAAUUUUGAGCAAAGAUGGAGGAAGCAAGGUGGUAAGGAUCUACUUGUUCAGCUGAGAGAGCUUGAAGAUAUCAUUAUCCCCCCAUCUCCAGUUAUGUUCCCAGAAGAUCGUGAGACAUGGAAUGUGCAGUUAUUUAGAUCUAUUGAUGGUGGGGCUGCUUUUGGUUUCCCCGAGACACCUGAAGACGCUGCCAGAGCUGGAUUAAUCAGUGGAAAAGAUAAUAUCAUUGAUCGAAGUAUUCAGGAUGCUUAUAUUCAUGCUAUUCGACGGGCAAAGAAUUUCAUCUAUAUCGAGAAUCAAUAUUUUCUCGGAAGUUCUUUUGAUUGGAGUGCUGAUGACAUUAAGCCUGAGGAUAUUAAUGCUUUACAUCUAAUUCCAAAGGAGCUUUCACUUAAAAUUGUUAGCAAGAUUGAGGCGGGGGAGAGGUUCACUGUUUAUGUUGUUGUCCCAAUGUGGCCAGAGGGUCUCCCCGAGAGUGGUUCAGUGCAAGCAAUAUUAGAUUGGCAAAGGAGAACAAUGAACAUGAUGUACCGAGAUAUUACUCAGGCUCUCAGAGCUAAGGGUAUUGAGGAGGAUCCUCGAAAUUAUUUGACAUUUUUCUGCCUCGGUAAUCGGGAGGUGAAGAAGAGUGGAGAAUAUGAACCUUCAGAAAAGCCAGAGCCCGAUUCAGAUUACAUUAGAGCUCAGGAGGCCCGACGCUUCAUGAUUUAUGUACACACAAAGAUGAUGAUUGUUGAUGAUGAAUACAUAAUCAUUGGAUCUGCCAACAUCAACCAAAGAUCAAUGGAUGGCGCCAGGGACUCUGAGAUAGCCAUGGGAGGCUACCAACCUUAUCAUUUAUCAAACAGGGAGCCGGCACGUGGUCAGAUUCAUGGCUUCCGUUUGGCACUGUGGUAUGAACACCUCGGCAUGCUAGAUGACACGUUCCUUAGUCCAGAGAGUGAGGAAUGUGUAAGAAAGGUGAAUAGGGUUGCCGACAAGUAUUGGGAUCUCUAUUCAAGUGAGACACUGGAGCAUGACCUUCCUGGUCACCUGCUGCGUUAUCCUAUUGGUGUUUCCGGUGAAGGAGUCAUCACAGAGCUACCGGGUACUGAGUUCUUCCCCGACACCAAGGCUCGUGUUCUCGGUACUAAAUCCGAUUACAUGCCUCCAAUUCUUACUACUUAGAAGACUUGUCUGCUUGGUUCAAAGUUAUAUUUCUUGCCUUUAUCUACCUAGUCCUGUAGUAAGUGUUACAAUAAUGGCAUCUUGUGUUAUAUUACCAGCAGAACAGGUUUACUUUCUGCCCGUAUUUUUCUUGUCUGGAUUUAUAGAGGUAUUUCUGUGGUGUGAUGCGACUGCUGACUGGUGUAAACUCAUAACCUUUGCUUAAUAUGCUUUGUGUACUUUUUAUAUGAGUGUAAAUUAGUUCUGUUGUUUUUUUCUUCUUCUAAAA